ACGUUACACAGGCGCUGUCGUUGUGGGAGGGAUACGCAUGCGCGCGCAAGAUGCCAACCGUUGCGGCGGUUGCCAAGGACCCACGUGACUGAGGCGCUGCUGCCAUGGAGCCCGCGGAGGGACCCCGGGAUGGCGAGGAGGAGGAAGAAGUGGAGGAGGAACAAUUAGUCAUGGUUGAACUGUCAGGAAUAAUUGAUUCAGAUUUUCUGGAAAAAUGUGACAACAAAUGCAAGAUCUUGGGCAUAGACACAGAGAGGCCCAUUUUGCAAGUAGACAGAUAUGUGUUUACUGGAGAAUAUGAAGAUACCCUUGGUACCUGUGUGGUGUUUGAAGAAGACAAAGAUCAUGUAGAUGCAGACGGGAACCAAAAGGUACAGCUAAAAUAUAAGUGCCACACAAUGAAGAAGCUAAAUAUGACACGGACGCUCCUCACAGAGAAAAAGGAAGGGGAAGAAAACACAGGUGGCGAUGUGGAAUGGCUGGAGCUUAAAGACAAAGAUUUCUCAUACAGCAGGCCAAACAUGAUUUGCAAUUUUUUACAUGAAAAAGAAGAAGAGACAACUGAAUCCCAGGACAAACAGGCAGAGGACUCUGAUGGGGAAGCCGGUGACCUAGAAGAUAGAGUUCAAAACCUUGAAUCUGAGACACACCAAUGUGCUGAAAUGGAUGACUCUGUCUCUCUUCUAGAUGUCACUGGCUCCAAGGCAAGAAACUCUCCUGUGAAGAGUCAGGAGGAUAUGGUUGUAGAUGACCCUCCAUCUUGAGGUCAAGCCUACAGUUGAAAGAUAAUGAAUAUAAAACUUUCUAUGUGACAUCUAGUUUGUAUAUAUCGUGUAUAUUAUGCAUUGGAAAACUGGAUCGAGCUGAAUCUACAUUCCCUAUAAGGCUUUCAAGCUGUUCCUCCAUCGUCAUUACACUGCACCAUAUUAGCAAGUUCCAGCAAAUCAUAUUGUGGAGAUGACUGCUUUCCCAAGGAGUAAAGAAAUUUUGGGAACAAAUGCAAGACUUUGAGCUUGCCUACCAACCCUUUGUAGAGUGCAGCCUUUAUGUAGUGUCUGUAUUUUUAAUGGUAUUGCACUACCUCAGAAUAGUGAAGUGCUGAAGUUGGUGCCUGGAUGAAGACACGGUGUCAACAAACCAUUCUUGAUUCUUUUAAACCAUACAGUUGUGUUUGUUUUUACAUGUAGUUUUUUAACUAUACAUAUUGUCUUACAAAAUAAAAUGGUUUUGUUUUUACCUUCAUGGAUAAAGAUAGUGUACACUCCUUGGACUAUUUUCUAUUAUUGAUUGCUUCAAUGCAAGAAAUCAUCCACUCCCCCUCCAUGCAUAGCUGCUGGGUUGCAUCCAGUUGUUUCCUUCGCUCUUCAUAUAAUGGAGGCUUCCAUGGACAAAGCAGGAGGUGAUUUUGGCAGCACUUGGAGCUACAUAGGGAGAAGCAAGUGAGUGAAAAUUUGCCUCCACUUCUUGUAUCAUGUUGAAUGGAAUUUCACUCUAAAAGUGUUACAACUAUAAAAGAAAACACUCACUGUGCCUUUAUGUUUUCUCUAGCCAUACAAUUUCUUAGUGGUUGGCACCUUAGUCAUUGUUAAAGAAAUGCUGCUUUGUCCAAAUGACUUGUGUGAGUUUCCUACUAUUCCUCUGUUUCUGGGCAAAGGCAUGGUGGAACUCAACCUGCAUGCAGUUUUUUAAAUGGCUAUCUUGGGGACUGGUCAGCUAAUUGUUGCAGUUUUCAAGCAUAAAUGAGCCUUCCUGCCAGUGCAAAGGUUUGUAUAGAGCACUAUAUUUUAUUUUUGAUUUAGCUUCUCAUUACCAUAUUCUUUAAUUGUUCACCUAAUGUGAAUCUGUUUUUGCAUCAUUUGUUUACAUCAUCAUUAAGUUCAUAACUGAUAUGCCUAAUCAUGAACAUACUUGUCACAAGUCUGUCAAUAGGACAGCAAAAUGAAGCCAACCAUAAAAGGGGCAGGACUUUCAGUAAGUUCGGGAGAUUUGUAUGGCAUACAUAAAGAAAUUAGUAUGUAAAUAAAAGAAAGCUAGAAAAGAAGCAGCUGAUUGAGCAAGUGCUGGUUAUGCUCUGCCCUUCAGAAGAUAAGUAUUGAAGGGAAUCAGUGGGGAAUGAAAGGCAAGGCGGCAGUUACCGAGAUACUGGUCGGAAUUAAGUCCAUAAAAGUUUAUCAUAUUCUGAGAGUAUAUCCCUUUUUUUCUGUGUCAGGAGCAACUUGAGUUGCUUCUGGAGUGAGAGAAUUGGCUGUCGAUGUUGCCCAGGGGACGCCUGGAUGUUUUUGAUGUUUUUGCCAUCCUUGUGGGAGGCUUCUCUCAUGUCCUCGCAUGAGUAUAUCCCUUGACACCUCCCCUUUGAUCCUGAAUCUCCCCCACCCAUUUCCAGAAUGCAGUGUGCUCUUAAAAGCCUCUGAUCUUUUUGGAGACUAAAUAAUAUGUAGAGAAAAAGCACUUCCAGAUCAGUAUGGUAUCUUUCAACAUGAAACAGGCAGAUGUGUGAAGCAUGAAGAUAGGUAGAGUUAGCCAAUCACACUUUAUGAAAAUGCUGGAAUGCGAGAAAAUAUAGAAUUCAGAGGCUUGUUUACUAAAAAAAAUAUGUGGGGCCUGUUAGGAAGAGAGGAAUGAAAAGUUCUGAAUACAGCUUUUGGGACCUUAGAAAGUGGACAAAGUUUAGAGAGAUAUUUUUAAUUGAUAUGUUAAUACACUCUGUGGGGUCAGCAUAAUUAUCUGUUACAGUAAACUUUAUAUUUUCUA